AGCGGAACUUCCGGGAUUAACGACCAAUCAACUGCCGCCUGCCGCCGUCUUCCGUAGGUCUGACGCAGCCAAUCACGUUCGAGCUUCCUUCCCCGCUGUUCCGUAUGUGAACAGAGCAACGUGUUUCUGUCGCAGGGCGAACAUUUAGCGCUGGAAACAUAAACUAACUCACUGUUCCUGAAAAUGGCCAAAAGUCUUCGUAGCAAAUGGAAGCGGAAGAUGCGGGCGGAGAAGAGGAAGAAAAACGCUCCGAAGGAGCUGGCUCGACUCAAACAGGCUCUGAGUCUGGAUAAGAAAGGAGGAGCGGACAUGGCCGACCUGCAGGACGUCGCCACGGUGGUUCCAGCCGACAAGAUAACGAAGCAGAACGACGUUGAAAUGGCAGAGCAGCAGCAGGAGGAGGACGACGACAACGGGAAGAUGGAGAUGGACGGGAAGCGCAGCAAGGCGACUCUGCUGGACGAACACGGACAGUACCCGGUGUGGAUGAGCCAGCGGCAGGCCAAGAAAAUGAAGGCCAAACGCGUGACCAAGCAAACGGGCAAAGUGAAGAAGAAGAAGGGAAUCGCCUGGUGAAGCAAAGCGAGGCGGUUUGUUUGUUUCAGAGACUUGGGAAAUUCUGCGUCUGUUCUUACAGGACAGCAACUUUAUGAGUUAACUUUUGUUGACAGAAGACUCAUCAGUGGAAGAUUGUGUUUGCUCCGUUUGUAGCAUUGGAACUUUCUAAAUAUAGAAAUCAUCCGUCUAAUGACAGAAAUAAAUGUUUCAAACCUUAAAAAAA